GUUAAAGGCCUCUCUUUUGCUGAGAGCUAAACAGGUCACGGGCUGAGCUGGUGUUAAGUGUGUUACUAGACAUUGGGAAACAACAAAACAAGUUUUUCUGUUUGGAAAUCUGACACGCUGCUGAGGAAAGUGGAAAAGAGAAGUAAUUUAAGUGGGAUCCAUCAUGGCAGCCACCCAUGUGUCUUUACCGGGAACCACAGGCACCAACCUGGAAUUUGCUGACUACAGUCUCUAUAGCAACCUGUCUGAUGAUGAGCUCCUGCACCUGGCAAUCGAGCGGAGUCUUGCUGAUGCCCACAGCUCUGGGUCAGGCACUGAAAACUCAAAGACCCCUGCAGCUCUGAACAAGCCAUCAGCAGCAGCACGCCAGACUCCAUCACGUCGACCCCAACAACAACAACAGCUGCAGCAUACAGAACAAGCUGCAUGUCCUGCUAAUCCACCUAGAGAAAAAAUAAAUCUAGAAAAUGUGUGUUCGGUGAGUCAUUUUGUGACUGGUUAUGGCAAGCCAAUGGUGGCGUACCGAAGAUAUGAUGGAUCUAUGCAAGUUGUACCUGAACCAGAAGAGGAGCUUGAGCCCAUUGCUAAGGCCAUUUUGGAGGGGGAUGUAGGAACAGUGAGACUAAUGGUCAAGCAGCCAGGGUGCAACCUUCUUAAAUCCAAUAAAGAGGGGUGGAUUCCCUUGCAUGAGGCGGCGUAUUAUGGACAAGAUCAAUGCAUUAAAAUUCUCCUGAGAGCUCAACCUGGGAUGAUUAAUCAGCGCACUUCAAGAGAUCAGACUCCUUUAAUGUUAGCUGUGUCCAGAGAGAAUCUGGCAUGUGUGGAUAUUCUUCUGGAGAAAGGAGCUGAUCCUGAGAUUACCAACAAGGAGAAGGAGACUCCACUUUACAAAGCUUGCGAGAAGGAAAACCCAGCAUUGGUUGCCAUGUUACUGAAUCAUGGCGCCUUGGUGAAUAAGAGCUGUAUUCAAGGCUGGACGGCUCUCCAUGAGAGUGUGUGCAGGAACAAUGUGGAAAUCUGUGAGAUGCUGAUGAAAGCUGGAGCCAAAGUUAGCUUGCCUAACAAAUACGGAAUCACUCCUAUCUUUGUAGCAGCUCAAAGUGGAAAAGUGGAUGCACUUCGCAUGCUUUUAAAAAAUGGCGCUGAUCUCAACAGUCAGGCCUCGGAUGGAGCCACAGCACUGUAUGAGGCCUGUAAAAAUGGUCAUGAUGACAUUGUAGAGUUCCUUCUCUCUCAAAAUGCAGAUGCCAACAAGGCAGGAAAAACAGGACUGUUGCCGAUCCAUAUUGCUGCCCAGCGUGGCAAAGAUGGCAAAGACCUCCUCACUUUUGGGUGUACCCGCAAAAAUAUCAGUGCAACUAAAAUUAUAGCCAUGCUGAUCCCAGUCACAAGUAGGGCCAGAGUGAGGCGUUCGGGUAUCAGCCCUCUCCAUUUGGCAGCAGAGCGCAACAGAAAUGACAUUGUCGAAGUACUGAUCGAGGCCGGCUUUGAUGUUAAUGCCAUGUUGUCUGAGGAUCGCUCUAUGAUGUAUGAAGAUCGGCGCAGCACAGCUCUCUACUUCGCCGUCAUUAACAACAACAUCGAAGCUACCACCAUGCUUCUGGAGGCUGGUGCCAACCCAAACCUGGAUACGUUCAAACCGCUGCUGGUGGCACUGAGGCAGGGUUGCAUACAGACUGUGACACUGCUGGUGGAACAUGGUGCUGAUGUUAAUGCCUACAUCCCAACUCAUCCGACUAGCUUUCCAGCCUCCAUUAUGUUCUGUAUGAAGUACUUGUCCUUACUGAAAUAUCUGAUGGAUAACGGCUGCGAUGCAUUGUCAUGUUUCAAUUGUGUCUAUGGUAGUAAUCCUCAUCCACCUAUAAAACCAAGGCGUAAUCCGAGAUAUGAUUCAGAUGAAACCAGAGAAAAGACCUGUGUUCUGUUCUGUGAGGUGAUCUCCACCGAAAACUACUCGCACUGGUCAGGACCGAUUAUUGACGUACUUCUUGACUAUGUUGGACAUGUGAAACUCUGUGCACGACUCGUUGAACAUCUGGACAGUUACCACGAGUGGCAGUGCAUCAAAGAGAAAGCAAUGCCUCCACGCCCACUCAUGCAGCUGUGCAGACUGAAAAUCCGUACACUCCUUGGAAUCAACAGACUGAAGAAAAUUCACAAGCUUCCGGUUCCUCCGAGGCUGAUCAAAUUCCUAAAUCAUCAAGAAAGAGAAUAUGAAAUGUAGGCCUGCUUUUAGUUAAUGCAGAAAGAACAAUGACAUCAGAAAAGCAUAUGCUUCUGUUCAUAACUUGCACUGAGUUAAAAUAAUUAAAACUAAAUUGAAUUCAAUUUUCCAAUCAAAUCUGCUGCUUAAUGUAAAAAGGCCAUAAAUGUUUAAAUGUAAGUAGCUAUCAGGCAUUAAAAAGAGUUUAGGGGACAUGUAUUAAAUAGAUUCAGAGGAGACAUAUUAAUUUAUCUUGUCUAUAUGUGUAUUCUUAUUUAAAAUGUAGGAAUAAUAUAUGUACCAAAAUGAUAUAGUGUGAAAGAAAAUAAUAACUGUUAUUUUUUGCAAUAUAGUAGAAUGUAUUAUGAAAUGUGUAUAGUUUUGUAUUUUUUACUUCUUGCUGGUUUUUAGUCAGGUCGGUGUACAUUUCAAUGUUUUGUUUUGCUUACAAAGCGAACUAAGUGGCAAAGCUACAUGUGGUAAUCAUCUGAAUGAUUUCUAACCACGUGAUAACAAUAAAUAAAGUGUUAACUAAAGCA